GCUACUUUUCUUCAUAAAUCACAGUAAACUUUGCCAACACAAUACAUUUUUCUUUUUCUCAUAUUUGGUUUUUUUCAUAUUUUAUUUUGCUUUUCUCUUUGACAAAACAUUUUUCUCUCCUUAUUAUUUACAAUAUCUUUCAAUUUUUUUUGCUUUUACUUUUUAUUUUUCCCAUGGCCUCAAUUAUCGCUUCACGCCAGCUGCACGGAAUCUUCACUCGCAGCGGAAAUCGCCUGCUCGCUGGGUCAGCUUUAGCUCCAUUGCGCUUGCUGUCCACCCAGCCUGUCAACCGGGCAAUCGAAGACCACGAGCCGAAAUUCCUCCAAGCCGUCGGGCUCUUCUUUGACCAAGCCGCCAAGCACAGCAACGCAUCCCCGGACACCCUGCGCCACAUCAAGGCCACAGACAGCGUGCUCAGCGUAACCUUCCCAAUGGAAAAGGAUGGGAAAACCGUGAUGAUCCGGGGAUAUCGCUCGCAGCACUCCCGCCACCGACUCCCCUGCAAGGGUGGUAUCCGGUUUGCCUCCGAGGUAGAUCUCCAAGAGGUUGAAGCCUUGUCAGCCCUGAUGACGUACAAAUGCGCCGUCGUUGAUGUUCCCUUUGGCGGAGGCAAGGGCGGCAUUAUGAUCAACCCAAAGGACUGGACAGAAGCCGAGUUGGAGCGCAUUACAAGGAGGUUUACGCUUGAACUGUGUCAGAAGAACUUUAUUGGCCCGGGCGUCGAUGUGCCGGCACCGGAUGUUGGCACGGGCCCGAGGGAAAUGGGGUGGAUUGCCGACACGUACCGCAACUUUUACCCCCAGGACGUCAAUGGUGCCGCCUGCGUCACCGGAAAGGCACUGUCAAUGGGCGGCUUCUUGUCCUUCCCCGAAGUGCAGAAGAAAAUCGGACACCACGGCAAAGUCGAAGAUAGCUCGGUUAUCAUCCAGGGCUUUGGCAAUGUCGGGUACUGGGCAGCCAAGUUCUUCGAGGCCAACGGUGCGCGUGUCACAGGUAUUAUUGAAUACGACGUGGCAGUGCAUAACCCCAAUGGAUUGAACAUUGAGCAUUUGGCGCAGUGGCGCAAGGAGCAUGGAUCGUUCCGGCUACUCGAGGCUCCCUGCGAUGUGCUUAUCCCCGCCGCCCUUGAGCGCCAAAUCGGCCUGCGCAACGCCCACAGAAUCAAGGCCAAGCUCGUCGGCGAGGCUGCCAACGGCCCUGUCACCCCUGCUGCCGAUGCCAUUCUGCAAAAGAACAACAUUUGGGCCAAAAACCUGUCGCAUUUGCGGUUUGGCCGGAUGAACAAAAGAUGGGAUGAGCGUAGCAAAGAGCAGUUGCUCAAUUUGGUCGAGGGAAAUGCCGGAAGACCCCUGUCGGAGGUCGAGAGAAGGCAGAUGAUCCAUGGCGCGGAGGAGCAUGAACUGGUGUACUCAGGAUUGGAGGACACUAUGAUUGUUGCUUGCAAUGAGACUAGGCAGACUGCGAAUGAGAAAAAUAUUGAUUAUAGAACUGCUGCCAUGGCUAAUUCUAUUAACAAGAUUGCGGCUAGUUUGGCUGGGUCUGGAUCGAUUUUCACCUACGUUUGAUAUUUUUAUUAUUUUUAGUAUGUUUAUUUGAGGGAGGGGUUAUCAAAUAACAAAUGUGUUUUUUGUAUGGUUUUUUUAUAGAUAUAUUUAUAAUAAUCAGUUGCGAACCAACAGGAAAAAAA